AUGGCGAGUUUUGCUCAGGAGUUCCCUGCUAAUGGCAGCCAGCAGGACCCUGCCCAGCAGGCCAGCAGGACCCUGGUCAGCCAGCAGGACCCUGCCCAGCAGGACCCUGGGCAGCCAGCAGGACCCUGGGCAGCCAGCAGGACCCUGGUCAGCCAGCAGGACCCUGCCCAGCAGGACCCUGGGCAGCCAGCAGGACCCUGGACCCUGGUCAGCCAGCAGGACCCUGGUCAGCCAGCAGGACCCUGGUCAGCCAGCAGGACCCUGGUCAGCCAGCAGGACCCUGGGCAGCCAGCAGGACCCCUGGUCAGCCAGCAGGACCCUGGUCAGCCAGCAGGACCCUGGUCAGCCAGCAGGACCCUGGGCAGCCAGCAGGACCCUGGGCAGCCAGCAGGACCCUGGUCAGCCAGCAGGACCCUGGUCAGCCAGCAGGACCCUGGUCAGCCAGCAGGACCCUGGGCAGCCAGCAGGACCCUGGUCAGCCAGCAGGACCCUGGGCAGCCAGCAGGACCCUGGUCAGCCAGCAGGACCCUGGUCAGCCAGCAGGACCCUGGUCAGCCAGCAGGACCCUGGGCAGCCAGCAGGACCCUGGUCAGCCAGCAGGACCCUGGUCAGCCAGCAGGACCCUGGGCAGCCAGCAGGACCCUGGGCAGCCAGCAGGACCCUGGGCAGCCAGCAGGACCCUGGUCAGCCAGCAGGACCCUGGUCAGCCAGCAGGACCCUGGGCAGCCAGCAGGACCCUGGGCAGCCAGCAGGACCCUGGUCAGCCAGCAGGACCCUGGUCAGCCAGCAGGACCCUGGGCAGCCAGCAGGACCCUGGUCAGCCAGCAGGACCCUGGUCAGCCAGCAGGACCCUGGGCAGCCAGCAGGACCCUGGGCAGCCAGCAGGACCCUGGUCAGCCAGCAGGACCCUGGGCAGCCAGCAGGACCCUGGGCAGCCAGCAGGACCCUGGGCAGCCAGCAGGACCCUGGUCAGCCAGCAGGACCUUGGUCAGCCAGAGACCCUGGGCAGCCAGCAGGACCCUGGUCAUGCCAGCAGGACCCUGGUCAGCCAAGGACCAUGGUCAGCCAGCAGGACCCUGGAGCAGCCAGCAGGACCCUGGUCAGCCAGCAGGACCAUGGUCAGCCAGCAGGAAAUUGGGCAGCCAGCAGGACCCUGGGCAGCCAGGGUUAGGACCCUGGUUAGCCAGCAGGUUGGUCAGCCAGUUAGGACCCUGGUCAAAGGACCCUGGGAAGCCAAAGGACCCUGGUCAGCCAGCAGGACUUUUUGAUGUAAAUUUGACCCUGGUGACCCUGGUCAGCCAGCAGGACCCUGGUCAGCCAGAGGACCCUGGGCAGCCAUCAAACUGGUCAGUUAACAGGACCCUGGGCAGCCACAGGACCCCAGCCAGCAGGACCCAUUUGGCUUUAAUGCCAGCAGGACCCUGGUCAGCCAUAGGAAGGAAUGGUCAGCCAACAGGUCAGCCAGCAAGGACCCUGGGCAGCCAGCAGGACCCUGGUCAGCCAGCAGGACCCUGGUCAGCCACAGGACCCUGGGCAGCCAGCAGGACCCUGGUCAGCCAGCAGGACCCUGGGCAGCCAGCAGGACCCUGGACAGCCAGCAUGACCUUGGUCAGCCAGCAGGACCCUGGGCAGCCAGCAGGACCCUGGGCAGCCAGCAGGACCCUGGGCAGCCAAAAGGACCUUUGUCAGCCAGCAGGACCUUGGUCAGCCAGCAGGACCCUGGGAGACAGGACCCUGGUAAAUGCAGGACCCUGGUCAGCCAUAAGGACCCUGGUCAGCCAGCAGGACCCUGGGAAAGGAUUUCAGCCAGCAGGACCCUGGUCAGCCAGCAGGACCCUGGUCAGCCAUCAGGACCCUGGUCAGCCAGCAGGACCCUCAGAGCAGGACCCUGCCAGCAGGACCCUGGUCAGCCAACAGGACCCUGGGCAGCCAGCAGGACCCUGGUCAGCCAGCAGGACCCUGGUCAGCCAACAGGACCCUGGGCAGCCAUAUACCCUGGGCAGCCAUAUUAAAUAUAGCCAGCAGGACCCUGGGCAGCCAGCAGGACCCUGGUCAGCCAGCAGGAAGGACCCUGGUCAGCCAACAGGACCCUGGGCAGCCAGCAGGACCCUGGGCAGAAGGACCCUGGUCAGCCAGCAGGACCCUUUCAGCCAAAGGACCCUGGGCAGCCAGCAGGACCCUGGUCAGCCAUCAGGACCUUUCAGCCAGCAGGUUUGGGCAGCCAGCAGGACCCUGGGCAGCCAUUUAGGACCCUAUUCAGCCAUUAGGACCCUGGGCAGCCAGUUGACCCUGGGCAGCCAGCAGGACAAAGUUUUUAGGCCCUGGAGUGAACAUAAAGUUUUAGGCCCUGGAGUGAACAUAAAGUUUUAG